AUGGCUGCCGCUAUCAAAGAGACGGUCUCCAACCUCGUGGGCAAGCUCCAACCCCACGCCGAGCCUGCUCUUCCUGAACCCUCGGCCGAGGACUUCCAGAAGCUCCAGCAGAAAUAUACCGAAGCCGGACAAGACCAGGUGUUCGCUUUCGUCGAUGAACUCCAGCCUAGCGAGAAGACCCAGCUCUACCACCAACUCACCAACUUCGAUCCUACCCGUGUCAACGAACUGGCUGAGAAGGCCCUGAGCCCUGCCGCCGCCCCGGAGGGCCCUCCUACCCUCGAACCUCUGCCCGAUGUGGCUCUCGCCUCGAUUCUCGACUCGGAUCCCAAGGAUAUCCAACAAUGGUACGAUGCUGGUCUCAAGGCGGUUUCGGAGAACAAGGUUGCGGUGGUUCUAAUGGCUGGUGGUCAGGGUACUCGUCUGGGUAGCUCUGACCCCAAGGGUUGCUUUGACAUUGGUCUUCCUAGCCACAAGUCGCUUUUCCAGAUCCAGGGUGAGCGGAUUGCUAAGUUGCAGCUGCUGGCUCAGAAGGUCUCGGGCAAGGAGGCGGUUAUUCCUUGGUAUGUCAUGACCAGUGGACCAACUCGCAAGCCUACAGAGGAAUUCUUCCAGAAGCACAACUACUUUGGAUUGUCCAAGGACAACGUGAUUAUCUUCGAGCAGGGUGUUUUGCCUUGUAUCUCCAACGAGGGUAAGAUCCUGUUGGAGUCCAAGUCGAAGGCUGCCGUUGCACCAGAUGGAAAUGGCGGUAUCUACCAGGCCCUCGUCACCUCAGGAGUGCGGGAGAACAUGCGUAACCGUGGCAUCCAGCACAUCCACACAUACUGUGUUGAUAACUGUCUGGUCAAGGUUGCGGACCCUGUCUUCAUUGGUUUCGCUGCCGCGAAGGACGUCGACAUUGCCACCAAGGUGGUGCGGAAGCGCAAUGCCACCGAGUCUGUUGGCUUGAUUCUGCAGAAGAACGGCAAGCCGGAUGUCGUUGAAUACUCUGAGAUUGACAAGGAGACUGCCGAGGCCAAGGACCCCAAGCAGCCUGAUGUGCUGAAGUUCCGGGCUGCCAACAUCGUCAACCACUACUACUCCUUCCGUUUCCUGGAGUCGAUCGAGACUUGGUCUCACAAGCUACCUCACCACGUUGCCCGCAAGAAGAUCCCUUGCAUCAAGCCCGAGACUGGCGAGGCCUUCAAGCCUGAGAAGCCCAACGGUAUCAAGUUGGAGCAGUUCGUCUUUGACGUCUUCCCCCUGACCCCUCUUGACAAGUUCGCUUCCAUUGAGGUCCGCCGUGAGGACGAGUUCUCGCCUCUUAAAAACGCCAAGGGCACCGGUGAGGACGACCCUGACACGAGCAAGCGGGACAUCAUGGAGCUGGGUAAGCGAUGGAUCGAGAAGGCCGGCGGUGUCGUUGUCACUGAGGGCCAGGCUGUUGGUGUCGAGGUCUCCCCCUUAAUUAGCUACGGCGGCGAAGGACUCGACUUCCUCAAGGGCCGGGAGAUCAAGGCUCCGGCUCUUGUCGAGAAGGAAGAGUAA